AUGAACGAUAAUGGCCAGCGGCUACUAGAGUUCUGUACUGAGCAUCUGCUAUGUGUAACAAAUACUUUCUUCAAAGGCAAGCUGACACGCAAGGUCUCCUGGAAGCAUCCGCGAUCAGGUCACUGGCAUCAGUUGGAUGUAGUACUUUCCAGAACCAAGGAUAUUCGCGAAAUUCUUCAUACCCGUUCGUUUCACAGCACUGAUUGCGACACCGAUCACUCACUCGUAGCAGCUAAUAUAGCCUUUUCGCCUAAAAGGAUACAUUCAUCCAGAGUAAUGGGUAGGAAAAGGUUAAAUCUUUCUCAACUCCAUAACGAUGAAAAAAUCCGAACUUUUGAAUGCUUGGCUAAAGAAAUGCUGGAUUCGUGGAACACAAGUACACCCACUAGUGUCGAGUGGAGCAAUGUUAAGGAGCUAUUGACCGCGAGCGCUGGCGAAGUAUUUGGGCACCUGAAAACCAAGUCCAGGGAUUGGUUCGCAGAAAACGCUGAGCAUUUACAUCCACUGCUUGUUUCGAAGCGUGACGCUGCACUGAAACAUCGCAUGAAUCCCUCGAUGGAUACAAAAAACAUUCUGCGAGCAAAAAAAGCAGCCCUUCAACGAAGUGCAAGGUACUUUGCGAACUUGUACUGGAGGAAACUUGGUCAUACUAUUCAAUCUUGUGCAGACAGAGGGGACGUCGGCGGAGUUUACGACGGCAUCAAAUGGGCUCUUGGACCAAUGAUGAAAAAGACUGCUCCUCUAAAAGAUGCAAACGGCGAUGUCAUAGCCGACAUAAUGAAACAGCUAGAUCGGUGGGUCGAGCAUUACACGGAUCUGUACUCACGCCCCGUGUCUCUACAUCCAGGAGCAGAACACGGUAUGCCUAAACUGGAUACUUGGAUCGUCCUAGACAGUCUGCCGUCGGCGGAGGAAUUCAACGUUGCCGUCAGUCAGCUCAAGAAUGGAGAGAGUUGUGAUGGCACCCAAGCCGAAUUAAUAAAGCUCCAGUGUGUUAGACCAAUCCUAUACCAUCUGUUGUGUAAGUGUUGGGAAGCGGGAAGUGUGCCUCAGGAUAUGCCAACAUCUUCACGUUAUAUAAAGGAAAAGGUGAUCGAGGGGAUUGAGAAAUGUAGAGAGCAGAACUCUCCCGUUUAUGUGGCCUUUAUUGACCUUAACAAGGCCUUUGAUACAGUCAGUAGGGAUGUUUUGUAUCUAGCACUGGAGAAAAUUGGGUGCCCACCUAAGCUCCUGAGCCUCGUCAAAUCCUUUCAUGAAGAUAUGAUGGGUGCCGUGGUUUGUGACGGUUGUAUGUCGCAGCAGUUCAGCGUUUGUAGAGGUGUGCGUCAGGGCUGCGUUUUAGCUCCUACCCUGUUUGGUAUAUAUUUUUCUCUGUUAUUACGCACUGCGUUCCGCGAAAACCAACAGGGAAUCCACUUAUAUACGAGGGCCGACGGAAAGUUAUUUAACAUCUCCCUCCUAAAAUCUAAAAGACACCGCGAGGACCUUUUCGUCGACAACAUGCUAUUUGCUGAUGAUGCAGCCUUUGUAGCUAAUUCCGAAGUGGACCUCUAG